AUGGAACAACUUCGAGUUGAUUUGAUGAACGCUAGCAGCCUUCAGAAACACAAGCAAAAUCUCAUUUCCAGUACGUUGGACGUGAUGAACGCAAACAAAGAACUAGACACUCUGGUUGGCAUGUUUUUCGGUAAACGACCUGACUGCAAAAAAGGUUAGUCGAUAGAAGAAAUAGCAAUUAGGCGCUAUUCUGAGAAUUGCCCGGAGGUUUUUUAAUUAAUGAUCUUAAGGCAAUGUUUGAUGUACGUUAAUUAAACAUGUGCAGGAUGCUUGUCUUUUCCUAUUAUAUCAAUUGCAACGAUAAAUGAAGCAAAAGUCUUUGAGUGAUUAUAAAAUCUCUGUUUGAACACAAUGUCCCUUAAAAAGUGGCGUUAAAUUGUAAACGUUUUGGUAAAUUUUGCAUCUCUGCCUUCCCGUGAUUAUCGCACACAUGCUCAAGCGAGUAAUCAAGAAGUAUGUAAAGAUGGGUGGAUGCCAGCAUCUCCGCCAUUUUCGAGCGGCUGAAAGACUGAAGACGGCAGAACUGAGAAAGCGGAUAAUGGAGAGGAAUAAAAAACACACCCAGAAGAACGACAGUGUUCCAUUCAAAGUAAUGUACCAAACAUAG